AUGAAUUCAUCAAAUACUGCAUUACAAAAUCAAUUAAAUUCAUUUACAGCUGACAUGAACUCAGCUCGACAAGCAAUGGGUCAAAGACUAUCAAAUUUAAGUGAACAAUUUACAAAACAAUGUCAAGCCAUUACAAAAAAUUAUGGACAGAAUACUGAAUCAUUUGCUGAAGGAUUAGUUCGUGUUAUUCCUAAUCAAGCAGAAAUAUUAGCUGGACAACAAGAAAUACCAACAAUGUUACAACAACAAUCAGUAGAACUUUCACGUAUUGUAGAAGGAGGAAUUCAACGCAUUGAAGAAAUUAAUAAAAGUUUAACUGAUUCAUUAAAGAAUUCUACAUCAAUAGAAAAAUUAAGAAAAAUCAAAGAAGAAACUCAAACAAUAAAUAAUGUUUUAGCAAAACAAGAAGAUGAAAUGAAAGAAAUUUGUUCAAUGUAUUCAAAUCUUGAACGACGACAAAGAGAAUUAGCAGAAAAGUUUGAGAAAGUAGCAAAAGAAGAUUUACUUCAAGCAAACGUUAGUAGACAAGAUGACCUUAAUAUAAUUCAAAAAGAUGCUCUUAACCAAAAUUUAAAUAAAAAGCAGUCCCUUUAUCAAUCAGAACAACCUACACUUCCUAAAAUCUCUACUACAAAAGAUAUUAUCCAAAAACAAACUGUCCCACCUCAAUUAAUGCAAAACAUUCAAGGUAUUCAACCUUUACCACAACAAAAAAUGAAUAAACAACAACCUCCUUCUAAAAUUCAAGAACAACAAAAGCCAGAUACAAUCCUUAAAAAACAAUCGUCUAAACGUUUAAUUGAUUCACCAUUAGCUAAUAAUGUAUUAGAUGAUUUUUGUAUUGACCAAAUCAGAACCCAAACACACAACCAACCAAUAAUUAUUCAACAAGCUCAACAACCUAAAAAAUCAACUGAAAAUAUUAAGAAAGAGCCAACUGAAGAAAAACGUGUCGAUAUACAAUCUACUGAUACCCAACAAUCAUCAGAACUUAUUCAAAAGGAUAGCCAAUAUGAUCAACAUAUAUUACAACGACCACAACAAAAGAAACCAAUGAUACUACCCUCUGUCCAAAAUAACUCUAUUCCUAGAAGAGGUCAAUUAAGACAAAGACCUCAAAGUAGAGUUGGUGAUAAUAGGCCUCAAAGUCGUAUGGGAGAUACAAGAUCUCAAAGCAGAUUAGGAAAUUGUCAAUCUAAUAGAAUUCCAGAACAACAACAAAUGAAUCAACAAAAACAAAACACACAAGAGUUAAUGGCUAAAUUACAACAACUAAAAGAAUUACAAAAUCAGUUAGAACUUUUACAGAGCCAACAAGAAGAUUUAACUAACACAGAUCCUUAUUAUGAUAAUGAAACAAAUAAUGAAGUCUAUCCUUAUGAUGAAGAGGUAUAUCUAAAUAGUGAGCCAUAUGAUCAAGACCAAUACUAUGACAGUGGAAUUCCAUAUGAUGAUUAUAAUAAUGGCUAUCAACAACCAAGUUACAUUCCUCAACAAAGAAUUAUUUAUGUCCCUAUGCAACAAGUAAUUGAUCCUUAUACUGGCCAGGUUACAAUGCAACCAAUUAGUUAUACACAACCAAUAUAUCAACCACCAUUAAAUCAAUAUGUCAUUCCACCAAUGCAACAAGUAAUGCCACCUACCUAUGGUCCAGGACCAAUGAGGAGACAAAGAAUAAACCCUAUGGGGUAUCGUCCAAUGGCCCCACAACAAAUCAGAAGACAAAAUCAAUCUAUGAGAUAUGCUCAACCAUACAAUUAUCCACUGUAA